AACCAGGUACAAGCUAAUACUCAACAAUACUGAUGCCUUGUUUUUUUUGCUCUGUCCGGACCGCAACGCUGUAGCCAAUUUAGAUAUGCUAUAAAUUUAAGAGGUUGCCAUGGCCACCGCGCGCCCAUUGGCCACCAGGCCCCCUACGUGCCGUGCCACGUCACCAAAUCUGAAUAAGGAUGCGCGAAUUAGGCGGCGGCCAGACAAAGAUGAGGAUCGGGACCGCUUGAAAGUGGGGGAAAGUGCCGGCGCCUCCGCCACCGGGGAAAGCCGCUCGGCAGCGCCAAGGCCAGCAGCCACCCAAGACACCUGGGAGAGCUCGGAACAAGCGCGGGGGCGCGCGAUCCGGGGCAUGAGGCUGUGAACGCCACCACUCCCCACCCCACUCCAGGCGGCCCAGCGAUCACCCAAGGACUUGACCGGCUGAGUCUUGGUCCGGACCGGACUCGCCCGCCGACGGCCGAGAGAAGAGGCGGCACGCAGCGGCGGGGCCGUGGGGGGCCCGAGGGCCGGGGGCCCAAAGGGAGGGCAAGGCGGCGCGAGCCGCCCGGGGCUCGGGGCUAUGAUGGUGCACUGUGCCGGUUGUGAGCGGCCCAUCCUCGACCGCUUUCUGCUGAACGUACUGGACCGCGCGUGGCACAUCAAAUGCGUUCAGUGCUGUGAGUGCAAGACCAAUCUCUCGGAGAAGUGCUUCUCGCGCGAGGGCAAGCUCUACUGCAAAAAUGACUUCUUCAGGCGUUUUGGCACUAAGUGUGCGGGCUGUGCGCAAGGCAUCUCGCCCAGCGACCUGGUCCGCAAGGCCCGCAGCAAAGUCUUCCACCUCAACUGCUUCACCUGCAUGGUGUGCAACAAGCAGCUGUCCACCGGCGAGGAGCUCUACGUCAUCGACGAGAACAAGUUCGUGUGCAAGGACGACUACCUGAGCUCGUCCAGCCUCAAGGAGGGCAGCCUCAACUCAGUGUCAUCCUGUACGGACCGCAGUUUGUCCCCGGACCUCCAGGACCCACUCCAGGACGACCCCAAGGAGACGGACAACUCCACAUCUUCGGACAAGGAGACGGCCAACAACGAGAACGAGGAACAGAACUCUGGCACCAAGCGGCGCGGCCCGCGCACCACCAUUAAAGCCAAGCAGCUGGAGACGCUCAAGGCCGCUUUCGCCGCCACGCCCAAGCCCACGCGCCACAUCCGCGAGCAGCUGGCGCAGGAGACCGGCCUCAACAUGCGUGUCAUCCAGGUGUGGUUCCAGAACCGACGGUCCAAAGAACGCCGGAUGAAACAGCUGAGCGCACUCGGCGCCCGGAGACACGCCUUCUUCCGGAGUCCGCGGCGCAUGCGUCCGCUGGGCGGCCGCUUGGACGAGUCUGAAAUGUUGGGGUCCACUCCAUACACCUACUACGGAGACUACCAAGGCGACUACUAUGGGCCGGGAGGCAAUUACGACUUCUUCGCGCACGGCCCGCCGUCGCAGGCGCAGUCACCGGCCGACUCGAGCUUCCUGGCCGCCUCGGGGCCCGGCUCCACGCCGCUGGGUGCGCUGGAGCCGCCGCUGGCCGGGCCACACGCCGCCGACAACCCCAGGUUCACCGACAUGAUCUCGCACCCGGACACACCGAGCCCUGAGCCGGGCCUGCCGGGUGCUCUGCACCCCCUGCCAGGCGAGGUGUUCAGCGGGGGGCCCAGUCCGCCCUUCCCCAUGAGCGGCGCCAGCGGCUACAGCGGACCCCUGUCGCACCCCAACCCCGAGCUCAACGAGGCCGCCGUGUGGUAAGGCCACCAGGCCGGGCCGCCCCACCCCCACCCCCAGACGCAGCCUCCCCAAAGCAAAACGCCCGACGCGGCCGUGGCCGGGGGCUCCCUCAGGGGUUCUCUCUCGGGUCCGCACUCAACUGGCAGCUGCAUCUCGGCUGGGCGCGGAGGGGGACCGACCCCCAUCUGCACCCCGCGGGCGCUCCGGGACUCCCGGCCCUCCGCCAGCGCUCUCCCGGCAGCCUCGAGCAAUUUCUUGGGACCAAAGUCAAUACUGCAGAGGGUCAAGAGUUCUCAAGCACGC